GUGGCUUUUAAAGAAAGGUGGACAGAGUUUAUUGUUUGCUUGAGAAUUGAGUAAGAAGUGUGUGUGACGGAAGAGUGAAAAUAAAACGGGGAAAAUGUAAUAAUAUUCUCUACCCAUAGCGGCUUUUAAAGAAAGGUAAAACGAGAGAGUAUUGGCUGUUUGCUUGGGGAUUGAGAAAGAAGUGUGUGUGAGCUUGUGCCGUUACAAAGGCAACGCCACCGUGAAAGUCUCCUAGUGUCAAGUCCUACUACUAUUACUACUUCUACUACUGCUGCUACAACUACAUCCUGCAGAGUGCAGACGUCAGUUGAAGACCAAAACAGAAGGAGGAAAAAGAUGGAUGGGUCUAGCAGUUCCAGAAGAGCGCUGGUUAUAAGAGAUGAUGGUGAGGCAAGAGUGGUACCUCUUGCUGAUGUUUCAGUUAUAGGUGAGGAAGCAUCUGAGGAAGAUAAGAAUUCUGCUGUUAUUGUUUGGCAGACCAGUGAACAGAUUGAUUCAUUGAAGUCCUCGUCUGUUGGACUACAGUCUUUUGGAAAACCUGACGAUGAAGACUCCCAUAACCCAGAAAUAAGCUUAGCGAGUGUUGAUAGUUUUGAUACAUUUAUUGGCCUAUCGGCUAAUCACAUGGAAGACUUUACAGACCAGUUUGGAGGAACCGUCAUUACUGUAGCUGAUGCAGGUGAAUCAAUAUCAUCAUUGGAUUCUGGUCCAUUAGAGAAAGUAAAGUUGAACAUCUUGCCAAAAGAGAGUUUGACUCCAAUACUGACUGAUGUUCAAGUUCAUGAGGACAUUGUCAUCAACGGUGACUUGAUGGAACCAACACACAUUAUUCGAGCCCAUGCUAACAGCAAUUCCUUCCAUAUAGGGCAUCCCAGUUGCCAGAGUGCUCCUCAUGUAUUUUCCAGUAAGAUUCACGUUAGCCGUUACUCUGAGAGAAGAGCUGCAGAUGGAGAUGAAGGGGGAGGAGGAAUAGGAGAUAUUGGCCAAAGGAUCUUGAGGGCUAAUUUAUCAGACAUAUCUAAGAAAGGUGUAGAUUACACUCAUCUUGUGAAAGACUGGACCAGAAGGUUUCCUUCAUCUUCAAAAGGUUUAUAUGAACCAUUUGAGAGAGUAGAGGCUACGCUUCACAAGGAUGUGAUAUCUGAGCUUGGUAUUGGAACAGACAACGGCAUAUUCCUCAGUCUACACCAACAAGGAGCUACAAGAGGUGUCAGAGUAACAGAGACAGGUCCUAACCAAGUUGUCGUCUCGGGAUCAUUAGUUGAGCUUCUGGCUUCUAGAGACAUAAUUCUUAAAGAAAUAGACAGAAUAAGAGGUGGAAGUGACGAGUCUGUCCUCUCUGGGUAUGAGGAACCUAAUACAGAGCUACCUUCAAAGCAUGCUACAAGGGAAGUUGGAGUUAUGUGCGAGUUGAUUCCAUCUCCCCCCAUGACCAGAUAUGCUUCAUCUCUUGGAUUGGAUCGAUCUGCCCGCCGAUACCAUUCCGUCCUGUCUCGGCCUUUAUCUCCAGAGCCUCGUCCACAGCGCAGGAAGUCACGGCGACACUUACUUUCCAGUCCAAAAGAGAAAAACUGUGAAAAAAUUAAAGUGCUACAAGAAUUUUCUGAAAGUUGCAAAGUGUCUAUGCAAAACCAUUGCCAAAUAAUAGUUAAGAGUGAAAGUGGCCCAUUGGAAAGGGUGCCUAACAUUGGUUGUACGGAUGAUGUUAAUGAAAGAUUACCAAGUGAGUCUGUGGAAAUGAUUCUUGAUACUAUGAAAAUGGAACCUGGUAGUAGUAGUCCAGCAUUGCUAGUAACUGUUGGUCCAAGUUCAGGAUUAGGUCCUGCAGUAACCUGCAGUCCAGAUGAUACCAGAUCCAUAAAACUGCCAGUCACUCAGGCAGAUACUACUCAUGAGGCAUCCUCAUUUCAGGAGGAAUUAACUCUAAGAUUUGCUGAUGAAAGGAUGACCAGGCGUUUAAAAUCUUCUUCUAAUGGAACUGAACGGAAUAAAGAAAAUAUAGAAAUGGAAAUAGGUCAUAUCCAAUCAAAAGACUUAGAGGCUCAGUGUAAAGAUGCUGGGAUGGACAGUAAAAGUAGUAGUGAUAUAGUUUGUGAAGCAAAAAUAGAUCCAGCUUUGAGGAAGAGCAAAGGAGUUGUCAAAGGCAGUACCCCAAAAGAAAUUAAAUAUAAGUUUUCUUGCAAUAUUUGCUCUUACAAGAGUAUGAGAGAAAAUCAUUUUAUGAAGCACAUGAAACUUCAUGACAAGGGGUUAGCAUUGUACCGUUGCAAUGAGUGUAGUUUUGUCUCCAUCCGUGCCAGCCAUUUAAGACGUCACAAAAUGUCUCAUGCAAUGCAGGUUCUUAAUUGUCACCUUUGUGCCUAUACAUGUGAUGACAAGAAGUUGCUCACUAAACAUGUACGGGUCAAACAUCAAAUACCUAAACAACAGCGCCCUGCCACCAAUGAAUCUGAAUCACAAGAAAUAUUUGAAUGUCAUGACUGUGAAUACAAGACUAGCUGGCAGUACUCUUUUCAAAGGCACCGUCGUACACAUGCUCCAUCUAAGGUUGUCGACAUUCAUGCCUGCCCUCAGUGUUCUUACAAGACAAUGCGACGAGAGCACUUCUUGCGACACAUCAAAAAUGUUCAUCAAAAUCACCGACCUUUUCUCUGUGAUAUCUGUGGAAAAGCUUUCAAGAGACAGGAUGCCCUCAAGCAGCAUCAUGUGACUCACUAUCAAAAUGUAGGGAAUAAUAGCAGUGGGCAAGUGGGACCUUAUGGGUUUAUUUGCCCCAUUUGCCAGAAAGUUUGUAGAUCAUCGGCAUACUUAAAAGAACAUAUGGCAACUCAUUCUGAGGAGCGUGCUUUUCUGUGUGAAGUUUGUGGAGCCUCUUUCAAGACAAGGUCUGUUCAAAGGAAUCAUGUACAGACAAUACACCGCCGUCCUCGUUCAUUUACCUGCUCAGCUUGCGAAAAGAAAUUCAACACCAAAUUUGCCUUGCGUCGGCACAUGAAACAGCAUGAUCUAAGCUUGUUAGAUGCUGAAGGACCAGCUGAGGUUACAAGUUCCUCCAGAUUAUGCAGUCUGCAGCAAAAUUUGGAUACUUUAACUCACUCGAAUUCUGAAAGUGUUCCCUCAUCAAUCAGCGAUGGACAAGUCACAGUCACAGCAACAGCCUCAGGUCUUUCAUCAUCUCAAGCUCCUCCAUCAGCAUAUCAGAUUACAAUUGAUGGUCAACCUGCCUUUAUACUGCCUCACAUAGGACCUCCACAUACCUUCGUUAGUGAAGAGGGUGAAACAGCUAUUAUUGGAGAUACGAGUACUGUCCUUGUUGAAAGUAAUCCAGACACAAAAUCAGAACUUACUGAAGUUGAUAGCCAUGCGGACCAGCACAGACGCAUAUCUGUUCCAGUUGGAUCAAACACAGUCCACAUAGUAGAGCAGGAUCCUUUGAAUAGAACUUCUGGCGAGAUGCUUCUGUCCUCAGACCAGUAUGAAUCCAACAGAGCCUCAAAUAUAAGUGCUAACAAUAAUGUGAGCUAUGUCACUUCUGAGCAUACUAAUUCAACUCUUGUAUAUUUAACUACUAAUUUUUAAUAAAAUUUUGUAUACAGUAUAUAUAUAUUUAUUUUUUACAUGGGCACUGAAUUUCGACCAAAGAUUCAAAGGUGGUCAACUGGGAAAGCUGAAUUUCUCAUUCUGAAGUGGUCACUUCAUGUGCUGUUAGGUAACUGUGUGCGUGAAAACAAUCUGGUAGUUAAUGACUUUAGAAUUUUGUUGUUAUCCAUGUGAGGAUUUUGAGGCACCAUUCACUUUUUACAUUGUUAAUUUAUGAUGGUACGUAUACGUAUUGAUAUUUAUUGUUAAUUUAUGAUGGUACGUAUAUUGAUAUUAAUGAGUGGCUUGCAAUGUUCUCAGUGAUAGCUCAGUUACAGUUGGCAGUAACUGUUAGUUUUUUCAGGUAAAGUACCAUAACCACAAGUAAUUUAUAAUUAUGUUGGCAAUGAAGAAUUAUUUCCAGUGUUUUAAACUGGAAAUGAAAAAAAAAAUAUCAGUAACAUGAUGCAGAUUUGGUAUUCUAAAGAGCCUAAUGGUCUGAAUGGUGAUCUAUUCUUUUAAGAUCCAAACUAGACUAAGUACUAACAGUUAAUGGAAUUUAGUGAUCAUUGCACUGGUAUUCCUGAACCUGAAAAAAUUUGCCUCGUAGAAAAUGUGUACAUACUAUGUUUGUCAGAAUGCUCGAUUCUGUACUAUACAAAUCAUUGGGCAACAUACUGGACUUUUUCCCUUGUUUGGCAGAGAAAUUACUCACCAGUCAGUCCUCUCGUCAACUAUGUGGCAUCAUGUAAGCAACUUUGCUAUUGAGUUACAACAGAGCGUAUAAUAUGAUUUAAGGUUAUGCAGCUGUUGUUUGUAUUUAUUUAUUUUGUUAUAUUUUGUUGCUGGCCUUCAAAUUUCCUUUGUAAAAGGAAUGUUAAGAGAAAAUAUCUGAUAUUUGGAAAUGGUUCUCUUGCUCUAUACUAGAGCUUUGCUCUAUACUAGAGCUUAAGUAGUUUACAUGAUAAAGAUAACUAACCAUGUAGUAGUUAACUAGCCCAUGUAGUAGUUAGGUAUGUUUGAUGCAACCCUGGUAGCUAUAAGCAGUUUCUUUCUCUCUUUCUGUAUUUAAUGCAAGAAGUCAAUUUUAUUCCUUCUAAGUAGUUGCUAGCAAAAAUAUACUGUAGUUUUAAUAUAUUGACUAUAGGCUGCCUCUUUUAUUAGCAUGAAUCCCUUUGUUUUGUUGAAAGAGAAUUGUAUCAUCAGUUAUUAGGAGUAAGGCUUCAGAACAAUUUGAAAAUUUAUUAAAAUGUCAGAUGUUAAACUAGUAGUUCCUUGUUAUCCAUCCAUGAUAGCCAUCACAACUGGGGAGUAAUGAGAAAAUGAUUGGAAUACUAUGAGGAAAUGUUUAGGUACAUAUUUGUACCAUUCAUUUUCCCAGCAUGUCCUUGCUUCAGCUAGACAUUUUUUGUCUAACUUUUUUCCCAUUUCCAAGAAACUCGGUUAUCAGUGAUACAAAUGCUUGUUUAAUAUGUGAAUGCUGUACCAUUUAUACACUAUGUUGUACAUGAAAAAGCACAAUUUAACUUUAGCUGAUAUUUGACAGUCUUCAUUUUUGUGUUGUACUAUGCACAAUGUCUAAUGUUCACUACUAUGGACUGACAAUGAAAAAUAUUGCAGUCUAAUUACCUUAUCACAGUAGAGCAUAAUAGUUUCCUCAUGAAAUUAAAUAAUUUAAGAGACAAUUUUUGGUGAUGUCAUUGCAAUUGCUGGAUCAUAUUGUAAAGCAAAGAUGUGUAUAAUUUUAGUUUUCCCUUUUGCUGCUAUGGGUGCUUAUAUCCACUUAGCACUGAGGGACAAGUUUUUCCCAUCAUUCUUCAUUCAAUUAUCUCACUGUCUUGAGGUGAGCAAGUUUUGAGAAAUCAAAAAUCUGUGAAUUCUUUGAUGAGAAUUUAGAAAAUCUAAAUUCUCAUCAAAAUUUUGUGCAAAAACAUGCACAAAUGAAAAUUUUUGUUUAGAGGUGUGCAGUAUAUUUUUAGUGAUGGUGAUUUGUGGUACUUAUGUUUUUAAACUGAUUCUUGAAACAUGUCACAUUACAUUGAUAAAAGUUAAGUGCUAUUUAAAUGAGAUUAAAAUUGCAAAUUUUAAGGUCAUUUGUAUUUUUCGUAACUUAAGAAACAGAAGGUCUUUACACGGGAGCUACUUGCUUCUAUCAGCUCCUACAUAAAGAACAAAGAUUUGUAUCUGUGUAGGAACAAAUAAAUGUCAAUAUCUAUGGUAUGCUACUCAUGUUAUCUUAGUAUAGGUGACUUUAUUAUGAUGCUAUUCUGCUUUAUAGCCUUUCGCAUAAGGUUCAUCAUUGUACUGUUAUACUGUAGCAGUACAUAAUUAUAAUUUCAUGGUUUCAUGUGUUGAAAUAGUAAAUUCAUGUGUUCAGAAGAUAUAGUUUACAUACAAAACUCCUUUGGGGAUUUGAACUGGAGACCUGGAGUUUACCAGGUAAAAUACUAUAUCCACUCAACACAGGUAAGAAAAGUGUGAAUAAUGAAUUGCUGUUGCGUAUACUUACAAAGUGGGCAUACGCAUCCAUAUCUGAUUCCAGGUGAGAUUGCCUACUUACAAUUUGCAUAUAGUACGUCAUGUUACGCUUCAGUAUGAGUCUGGAUGACCUUUCAUGUUGGCUGCAUAUUUAAUCAAAUACCUGAAAUAAAUUUGGACAUAGCAUUAGUAUGCUUGUAGAAUAAUCUUAAAGAUUCUUCUCGGUUUUUUACAGUAAUGAAUACGUAUCCCAUAAACUUGCGUUGCAUUUAUCAUUUUCACAACUUGAAGAAAAUCAAGACUACUACCUGCUCAUGUAACGAACAGCAUUCUCACGUUGUACACUUUUUCUUGAGGCAGGGUCACAUGGGCAUGUUAUUUAACUUUAAGCACUUUGCCACCAAGCAAUGCAUGGUUUUACAUGUGUAACAUCACCUUAUCAAUCAUGGAUCAUUUCAAUUUCUAGACAGUACACAGAGAAAACAGCUACAUAGUAUGAAGUUUGAUACCAAUAAGCUAAGAGAUGUCAGUAAACUUGUUCAUGUGACAUUGCCUUUAAUUUACUUAAGUGUUCUGUGGUAAUGUAAACAGCCACGUGGAAGUAUAUUUUAGUCUGAUUAAAGUGAUAUGUGAUGAGAAAUUGAAAUAUGUUAAGAAACCAUUAAGAUGAGAAUUGUAUCAUCUUCAUUAUCCCACAUUAUUAUUUCAUCAGUAUUAAAUUUAAGUGUUAUGCAUUCCAGAGAGUAUCUUUACUGCUUUAGCUAGAAACAUGUUAUUAUAAAGUAGUUUAACUAAACAACUGACAAAAAUUUAAGCAAAGUAAAGCUAACAAAGUUGGAAAGCCCAAGAGUGAAGAAACUAAAGGGAUGGAUAUAAAGUGUAAGGCAGAAGGCAAUGCCUCAGGUGCCAAAGGGGUGCUACUAAGGACUUCUAGUACCAUUGAACACACUUGCCAUACAAGGCACAACCCCAUAGGGUACCACUUGAAGUGUGCCUUGGGUGACACAUGCAGGCAGUCUAGAGGAUCUCUGCAGUGAUCCUUCAGCUCCAGGUGUUUUGCUUUCUACCUUCCAUUCUUUGCCCAAUCCCCUGGUUUCUUCCCACCUAACUAUCCAACUUUAACUUUAUCUUGCUCUAAUUUCAAGUUCUCAUUCAAGGACAAAUCUUUCAGGGGAGUGGGAGUAUGGUCCAAUGGUCUCGCAUUACUAUGUUAUAAUCAAUAAAAUACACUCUGUAAGAUGAACUCGGACACAGACUAAUUUUCAAGGUAUUCUUUGCUAGAUUCUUGCUAUGGUGAAGUACUAAUUUGUUUUAAAUGCAUGGACUUAAUAUUGGACUAUGAAUUUUGUUAGCUCAAACAACUGAUGAGACUGAUGUUUUUUUGUUUUAGUAGUACAGUACAUAUACUCUGAUGCUUAGUAACAGUGUAUGAAAGAAAUAUGAAGGCCUUUUGAUAACUUUUGGAUAUUUAGGAACUUCUGGGAAUGUAUACAACCAUGUGGCUAGUGAAUGGAUACACUGAACAUUGCUAAAGACGAAAAUUGCAUUUUGGGCAUUAAAUGCCAUUUUGUUUCAUUUUCGUUUGGGAAUUUUUGGUAUUUUAACUGCAAUCUGUGGCAAUGUAGCACAUUUUGUUAACUUAUUCAUAAUAAUGAUACGUAGUUGUCUUUGUAUGGACAAAAUAGGGGGCCAACAAUUUAUUGACUUUUAAAUUGAAGCAUCAGACAUUAGAAAGCAAUUGUUUUGGGGUUAACUAUGUACUUGUCUACUUGCACAUACCAUAGAAAAAUACCACCAGAUGGCCAAACAUAUUGCCUUUGUAUUCAAGAGUGUGGACACUUUACUUUCUUGAAACAUUAUAUGAGAUGGCUUUGUAGACCAAGAUCUAAAUGAUACAGAUUAUGGUGACAUCAUAAAAUGCCUGCCAGUGCUUUGUAGCAUCGAUUGGCAGCUAUUACCAGGUCUCAUCUUGCAAGAUGUUUGACAAAGCAACAUGGAAACCUGAGCUUUUGGCAAGAUAUUAGUUUAAAAUCUGUAGCUUUGAAUGUGGAAGUGUAAAUUUUUGUGCACUGAUCUUAAUAUUUUAAAUAAAUAUAUCAUGACAGAGGUGCAGUAUUACUGACUUCAUUAACUUGCUGUAAAUAUUUUUUUUGUUAAGUUUUAUACAAUUACUGACUUCAUUAAAGUAUAUGCCAUUGAA